AUGAGUACAAAGACUUUGAAUAAUAAGAGAUGGAGUAUGGGGCUGAUCAUGUUAUCUGCAGUCGUUGUUUUAUGGGUCCUGUCAUCAUUUUUAAUUAAUAUAAUAUUCAGAGAUAAUUCAUAUAGGAAACCUUUCCUAAUCACAUACAUCAAUACUGUGUCUUUUAUCUUCUAUCUGCUUCCGUUGAUAAAAACAAUUUUAGUCAAUUUUUACUAUAAUGGUGUAAGAAACGAGAUUCCAAAUAUAUUAAACGAAUUAAUCAUUGCCCAAGAGGGGCCAGAUUCGACUACUGUUAAUCCCUUGCAUCCAGAACCAUCGGGCGCAUCGAAUGUCUCAAGCGUUGCAAAUGACAUUGCAGAAGGUUCUUCACAGACACUGCCAAAUGAAGCAACGAGUUUAUUGUCAUCUAGCUCUAAGGAUGAUACGGAUUCAAAACAAACCUUAACCCCAAAAAACAGAAUGACAUUGAAAGAGACAAUACUUCUCAGUCUCGAAUUCUGUUCAUUAUGGUUUCUAGCAAAUUUAAUGACUAACUCUUCCCUUGCAUACACGUCAGUCGCGUCGCAGACAAUUCUGUCGUCAACUUCAUCUUUCUUCACUUUGUUCAUUGGUUAUAUAUGGAACAUUGAAAAGAUCACAAAAUCGAAGACAUUGGGUUCCCUGGUGUCCUUCAUUGGUAUCAUAUUGGUGACACAUUCGGAUUAUUACCAUUAUGAUGACAAUUACCCACCAAGAACAAAUCCACACUCAUCUUUAAUCACAUUCGCAAAGGAAAUCAUUAAUAUACUGACGACGUCAGACAAUGAUGAAGAGUAUGGAAAUAGUCCAUUUAGAAUGUUUAUCGGUAAUUUGUUGGCAUUGGCUGGUGCAUUAUUAUAUAGUGUCUACUCGAUUCUAUUGAAGAAAAAAGUACAAGAUGAAUCAAGAUUGAACAUGCAUGUCUUUUUUGGCUUUGUUGGUUUCUUCACUUUGGUUUUAUUCUGGCCAGUUAUAGUGCUACUUCAAUACUACGGCUGGGAAACAAUUGAAUUGCCUCCAACCAACACAAUUGCCAUCAUCGUCCUAAUUAACUGUCUAAUAACAUUUGUAAGUGAUUACUGUUGGGCAAAUGCAAUGUUAUUAACAACUCCAUUGACCGUUACAGUGGGUCUUUCAUUGACAAUUCCACUAGCAAUGUUUGGUGAUUUGCUUUUUGUCAAUAAGAAAAUGAAUUGGGUUUACAUAUUCGGUGCCAUAUUAAUCAUGGGUUCUUUUUUCGUAAUAAAUAAUGAGUCAGGCAUUGAACAAAAUGAAUUAUCAGAACAACAAGAACAACAGAAUUCACAGUCGCAGAAUGUAGAAAAUCAAGUUUGA